AUGAGGAGACUUAUUUGUGGGCGUUUGGCUGUUUGCCUUUUGGUUAUGGCCAUGCUUUAUGUAGGAGCCUCUAAUGAGGAUAAUAAGAAUCCUAGUGAUAUAGUCCGGAUCACAUUGAACCAGAAACCUAUGAUUUUUCUCCAGUGGGCUCCUCAUGUUUCUCAGGAGAUUAAGCUAACAGUGAGAGGAGGUUUUGGAAACGCAACAAGAUGGUUUAGCUCAAAUACGAGCAUUGUGGAUGUGUCGUCUGAUGGGGUUAUCCAGGGAAAGAGUCCUGGAAUAGCCACUGUGAGGGCUGUGUCGACUUGGAGUUUUGAUGAGCACUCCAAUGUUUUUCUAUCCGUCUUGGCAAUAGAAAGCGUAAUACUCAGAGUUCUAAAAGGCAUCGAUCCAGAUCCAUGCGCCCGUUUAUCUUAA